UUCUGUGCAUUCACAGAUAUAAAUAUAUGUUUAUAUAUUGACUGUACCUUCAUGCCAACCAAGAAAUGACGCACCAACAAAAAACGAAAAUACAAAGUUAAAUAAUACGUCUAUUGGACUCUAAAGAUGGAUCUUACCAAAGUGAAGAAAAAUUCACCGAACUGGAUUCUUUAAAAUUCUAAAUCUAAAAAAAAAAAAAGCUAACAAAAAACGUCAGUUUUCCUUUCAAGUGGAUCACUGAGAUUCGAACUACCAACCUUUUCUAUUACCUGUCUUCCGACGGCGUAUGACUCUAAGCACGCAAGUAAGAAAUUGCUUAAUUUCAAACGGUUAUUUUACACCUGAUGUCUUUUGAGUCAAGGAUAUAUAAUUUUACAUAUAUAAAUAUUAACGGAGGUAAUUGUGAAUUUUUAAGCAGUUUAACUUUAUUGUAAACAACCAUCAAACAGGCUACACGAAAAAAUUAUAAAACAAAGAAAUAUAUUUACUUACUUCCCACUUAUUGGUGACAGCAAAUACUAUACAUAUAUAUAUUUUAUACAUAUAAAAUUUAUAUAUAUAUAUAUAUUGGCUUCUCAAUCAAAGCACACAGUUACAGUAAAUAUAUACAUUUCAUUAUUUAGACCAUUCAUUUAUACACUUUCAAAAAUAGUGUUGGAUAAACAGACAUAUAUUUAUAUAUAGCAACUUAAACUUUCUACAAUAAAACAUCGAGCCUGAAUACAAACAAAGCUGUAAAAAGACCUUAGGUCCCCAUAAAAAAAAAUUAUAAAUUCGUAUCUAUAAUAUAUAAAUAAUAUAUAUUACCAAGAGGACGAAUCGGAAGCCACGCACUAGUUGUUGCUAUCAAUUACGGAUAAACCCAAUGUUUUCUAUAUAAUGAUAUAGUUAUAAUAAUAAGAAUUACUCAGCACCUAGUCACAUAGCUGCUGCUAUUGCUGCUACCUCUCCAUUCAGUCCACUCCUCCUGAAUAUUUUCAUUCUUUCUAUAUUUUUUCCUUCAACAUAUAUUUCAGUGUCCGUGUGUUUCUUUCUGAGUACACACGCCUUUACAAAUAUAUUUAUAUACAUACACAUCGUGAUUAUAAAUACCGAGAGGAUUGUAUAUGCCCAUUGCUAUUGAGCAUAUAGAUAUAACAAUCACACCGCUUUGGUAUGUAUAGUCAUUUUUGACUCAUUGAUUAGCCUAUCUAUUUCUAUCUCUUUCUGUCUGUCACUUUUCUUGUCUUUCUCUUUCUCUCUCAGUUUUACUGAGUGAGAUUUUGAUUGCGUGACUUUCUAACUAUUUAAAUAUUUAUUUAUUUAAUCCAUUUCCUUGUGAGAGCGUCUACCCCCAAACUUUCACCGUGGCUAACUUACGACACGAUCCGCACUACCUGGAGGUAGAAAGGUUGACUUCUCCAGAUUUACAUCAUUCAACCAUCACCACGGAGUUGUCAACACCCGAUCACUUUAACAUGUCUAAGCCGCAGGCUGAACAUGUUAAGCGGCCCAUGAAUGCCUUCAUGGUUUGGUCCAGGGGCCAACGUCGAAAAAUGGCUCAAGAAAAUCCGAAAAUGCAUAAUUCUGAAAUUAGCAAAAGACUCGGUGCUGAAUGGAAGUUACUAUCCGAAGAAGAGAAACGCCCUUUUAUCGACGAAGCAAAACGCUUAAGGGCCUUACACAUGAAGGAACAUCCAGAUUACAAAUACCGACCACGUAGGAAACCUAAAUCUUUACUUAAAAAAGAUAACAAAUAUGCUUUCCCAAUUCCUGUCUUGCCAGGAAUGAAUACAUUUGGGGCAGUGCCGUCAUUUUCACCUGGUUCACAGGACUCGUUACUUGCAUCGAAUUUCGGGGAAAAGGCGCGCGCUUUCCUACCACCCACGUCCACGACACAUGCACUUUAUUCCCAUCUGGCAGAAAAUGCAAAAAUGGACAGCCCUUUGAACAUUAGACCUCACGAACUCAAUGGAGCAAGUGGUCUCUAUUCCCCUUACAUGACAUCACACUCCUCCCUCGGUAGUCUUCCCCCGGCUGCACAUACGCAUUCUGGUCUCACCGGACAAUAUUUGUUACCAUGCUGCCCACCACCUUACAUGCCAUCUCAGGACUUACAUAGACCAGUGGCGUAUGUAUUGGUCAAGCCGGAAGACCACUAUCGCCACACAGUAAUAUAGAAAUAUUUUAAUGGAUGGAUUAUUAUUAUUAUAAAGUAAUUUCUCUAUAUAUAAAAAGAAAAAAAAUCUAUGUAUAAUUUUGUUUUCAUUAUUUUUAUUAUCAUUAAUAUUAUCAAUGCAUAUGUAAGAAAUGAUUAUUAAUACUUAUUAAUUAAUUAAUUAUUAUUAUUGAAAGAUAAUGAGACAUUUAUGUCAAACAACAGAACUUGAUUUAAAGGUUUCUCUUUCAGCUUGAGAAAGUGAACGCAAAACAAACAGUAACAUUGAAAAAAAAAUUAUAUAUAUAUAUGUAUAUAUAUAUGUGUGUGUAUAUAUAUAUAUAUAUAUAUAUAUAUAUAAUGAAAAUGAAGAAUAUUUGUUGCUUUGUAAAUUAACAAGCAACUCUAAAUGCAAAACACCAUUUCUUUAUUUUUUAUUUUAUUUAUUUCUCUUCCCUAUCCCAGCUCAAAUCAAUCAACUUCUGCUCAGUUUCCCGCUGAGUUAACAAAAAUGUCCCUUUUUUCUUUUCUUCAUAAAAUUGAAUGAAAGAAGAAAAAAAUAUUUGAAAAA